UGUCCUGUUACACGAAACGACUGGUGGAUCGCAUCGCGGGUCCAGUUCUUAUAGCAGUCGUCAAUUUUCUCUUCCACUUUGCACCACAGCGAGGGUGCAUGGCGCCGCCCAGCGCCUGGUCGCAGUACAAGGAGGCGGUGCUGCAAGUCGCGACCACGUCGACCGCCACGUGCCAAGCGUGCAGCGCCAAGAUAGGCGCGGGCCAAUUGCGCCUCGGUGUCAUGUACCUCCACGUCGACGGCUUCAUGCUCAUGGAAUGGGUCCACGUCUCGUGCGAGCCGUCGCUGCCCGCGGCUUUCGAUACGAUCUCGUUCAUCGAGACAGGCGUCGACCCCGACCACGCCAAGCGCAUUCUGAGCUGGGUCUCGAUCUGCAAGACCAAGCCGUCGACGGCCAAGGAAAUCUUGGAGCUCGAGACGCACCAGAUGAGCCGCAGCCGAAAGAUGACCGCCUAAGUUAUACCAAGACAGAGUUAUGCCUCCUCG